GGCAUGGGGGAGGGAGGGCUGCCGUGCAGUAGGAACUGUGCAGACACACACACACGGGGAUCCAGGGACAGCAGCCCCCUUGCACUGGGAUCUAGAGCCACAGCGCGAAAGAGAGUUGAAGGAAAACACUCAUCUAACCCAACACAAUGGCAGACAAAAUUAAAGAUGCCAAGAUCAUCUUUGUCGUGGGUGGGCCCGGCUCUGGAAAGGGCACCCAGUGUGAGAAGGUGGUCGCCAAGUACGGCUACACCCACCUGUCAUCCGGGGACCUGCUCCGUGCUGAGGUGGCCUCUGGCUCUGAUAGGGGCAAGCAGCUCCAGGCCAUCAUGCAGAAGGGAGAACUCGUUCCCCUGGACACAGUCUUAGACAUGAUUAAGGACGCCAUGAUCGCCAAGGCUGAUGUGUCCAAGGGCUACCUUAUUGAUGGCUACCCCCGUGAGGUGAAGCAGGGCGAGGAGUUCGAGAAGAAGAUCGGCAAACCCUGCCUGCUGCUGUACGUCGACGCAAAAUCAGAGACCAUGGUCAAGAGGCUUCUGAAGCGUGGCGAGACCAGCGGCCGCUCUGAUGACAAUGAGGAGACCAUCAAGAAGCGUCUGGACUUGUAUUACAAAGCGACCGAGCCAGUCAUCACCUUCUACGAGAGCCGUGGCAUCGUCAGGAAGGUCGACUCUGAGCUGCCAGUGGAUGAGGUCUUCAGCCAAGUCUCCAAGGCUAUUGACGCACUGUAGUAAAACAAUGUGACUAGAUGA